AUGUCGAAGGCAGUUGCUGGUCAUGACAUCUCUGCUAAAGAUGUCGCGAAUGUGUCUGAGAUCACCCACCUGAUCCAGCAAGACAAGACACCAUGGUACAGGAAGAAGAAUCUUCGUCGUCUUUAUCUGUUUCUCGUGCCUGCUGCGCUUGGAAUUGAAGCCACAAGUGGCUUCGACGGCAGCGUCCUUAACGGGCUCCAGGCUGUCCAGCCCUGGGAAGAAUACUUUGGCAACCCAAAUGGGGCGUUACUUGGUGUGAUCACCGCCGCCUUUUCUAUUGGUGCUGUGGUCGCGGUGCCACUCGUCCCUUACGUCAACGAUCGCUUUGGCCGCAAACCUUGCAUUGUAUUCGGAAGUGUGAUUAUCGUAAUCGGUGCAGUCCUACAGGCGGCUGCAGUUGACAUUGCCAUGUUUCUGGUGGCCAGAAUCAUCCUUGGAAUGGGAAUCGUAUACGGAAUUAGUGGAGCAUCCCAGCUCAUCGCUGAGUUGACAUAUCCCAAAGAACGGUCUGUGAUCACGGGUCUUUUCAACGAAAGCUGGUAUGCUGGAGCGAUUUUGGCUGCGGGUAUCACUCUGGGCACUUUCUCCUGGGACAGCAACUGGAGCUGGCGUUUGCCGUCGCUGCUGCAGCUCUUGCCUUCGUCGUUACAGCUCAUGUUCAUCUGGUUCGUGCCGGAAUCCCCACGUUUCUUGAUUUCAAAGGACCGCCACGAAGAAGCUCUGGAGAUCCUGAUCAAGUAUCAUGCGGAAGGCGAUCGAUCAAGUCCAUUGGUGGCAGCAGAGUUCCAGCAGAUCCGCGAAACCAUCCGCUUGGAGAUCGAGAACACCAAGAGGCCGUGGAAAGAGCUUGUGACAUCCAGCGUCAAUCGACGGCGAGUGUUCAUUGCAGCUUGCGUCGGCUUGUUCUCGCAGUGGUCAGGCAAUGGUCUCGUCAGCUACUACCUCAGUAAAGUCCUGGCCACUGUUGGCAUCACUAAAAAAAGAACGCAGAAUGAGAUCAAUCUCGGCCUUUCCUGCUGGAACUUGGUGACCGGGAUAUCGGGAGCUCUGCUGGCCCAUUUCCUUCCCCGGAGACGUCAGUAUUUGAUCUCGUACUGUGGCAUGACGCUGCUCUUUGCUUGCUGGACUGCGGCUUCGGCGGUGUAUGCAAAAGACCACUCAAAUAACUCGGCUGCCAUCGCUGUCGUUGCACUGAUUUUCAUCUAUUACGGCUUCUACAACCUCAUGAUGCCACUCACCUACAUCUUCAUCUGCGAAAUUUUCCCCUUCAUCCAUCGGAGCAAGGGUGUCGCCAUCACGCAGUUCUUCUCUCGCGGCGGCAGCUCCUUCAACCAAUUUGUCAACCCAAUUGGACUUCAGGAUAUCACAUGGAAAUAUUACAUCGUGUAUGUGGUGUGGCUCGCUGUGGAAACAAGCGUGAUUUUCUUCGUCUAUCCUGAAACACGUGGGCCGUCACUCGAAGAAGUUGCCGUGAUCAUGGAAGGUGACAAGGCCAAAGUCGAAGUCAUCGAGGUCGGUGCGUCGACAGGAAAGGGAGGAGUGGGUGUGCACGAAGUCGAGAAAGCCUGA